CAUGCUACUUUAGAUUCAUAUUGAUAACAAUUACCAAAUAUCUAAUUAACACAAUGAAAUGCAUUGGUGUUAAAUACAGAACAGUCAACAAGUUUGAUUAAACAGAAAAAAAUACAGCAAAAUAUUUUAAUUAUCAAUACAGUACUGACCAAAGAAUGAAACAACCUUAAAAACUAGCAUCAUACAUCUUUUAGCAAUUAUAUCAAAAGUGAUUUCAACUUUACAUAGACUCAUGAUGAAUGAAAUAGCUCAUUAAUAAAUAUGCCAUGGAAAAUUCAUGUACCAAGUUUAGUCAUCACUUCAUAACUUAAGUAUCGAUUAAACAACACUGAAUGAAAUAUUUAGUAUUAGUACAAGACUGUACAAUGAGCUAUUUUCACCAUGCUCACAAUGGGGAUGAAGCCUUGAAUUCUAGUAUUAUAACUUAUCAAGCUUACUGCUGAGCUAACGGGGUAGUGGGGUACUGAAGGGGGUGUACUAUGGCUCUUCUAACACAAGUUCAUAUUCAAUGCCAUUAACAAAUUGUUCAGUCUUAAGUUACUAACUAGCACUCGAUCAAUCACCAUUUAAAGUAUAUUAUGGAUCAAAUGUACAGUGGCUAACAGCACUCGAUAAGAAGUUCUAAGAAAUUUAUGUGAUCCUCAGACUUCAAGAGUUGCCUUGUAUUUAGAGCACACCAGAAGCUGUGUGCAAAACCUGCCGACUUUACUCCUAUCAAUUUCUUUAUUUCUACAGUUUUCAUGGCACAACAAUGAAAUACUGUAUAUAUGUAAUAAUACAUGGGUAUUGAAGUAAUAAUUACUUUGAAUAUCUUAAAGUAUGAAUGAUUAUAAGCAUACUUUUCCCAAUUAUACCCCUAUUUUUGAAUAUAUUAAUUCUUUUUCUUACUAAUACUCUUUGCAAUAUAAAUAUUCUCAUUGACCUUCUUCUUGGUUCCCAGGUCAUGAACACCUGUGCCAACAUCCAUGAUGAGUUCCAAUGUUUCUCAAGCAAUGAAGUUUAACCCAACAAGUAGUGUGCUCUACAAAGAUCAACCAGCCAUGUUCUUACCACCCCUUUUGAAGGAUGAAAUUGGUCACUUCUUUCCAACAAAGCUUGCUCGGGGUCUUGGAAUGGCCAAAAUUCUGUGUGGCACCAUACUCAUUGUCUUUGGAUCACUAGCCAUUCUGCUAUCAGCCAAUAUGGCUGACAUAGGAGGUGGAUUGUGGACAGGGUUGAUAGUGUUAGCUGCUGGUAUCUUUGGAGUAAUUGCUGGAAGACAUCCAAAAAAGGUGGUCUGCUUGAUUGUUUUUAUGUCUAUCUCCAUGUUAAGUAUUGGUGCCACAGGUGUUCUAAUUAUACUCACUGCUACUGGGCUUACUCAUGAUAUCCAUGCCCCCACAGAUGUUUACACUAAUAAUAAUAAUAAUGGAAACCCAACUUUCUUUUUUGGGAAAGGUAACCUCCAGAGUUCCAGCUAUUGCUAUGAAUGCCAUCAUGCUGUUUCUGGCCAUCCUGGACUGUCUUCUAUCAAUUGCUUGCUGUGUCAUCAGUGCUCGGGAGGCUUGCCAGUGCAACACAUCAUUUUCAGACCCAACUUUCAAAGGUCCAGAUUCUCAAGCCCGAAGAGAUCAUCUGUUCAUCUGGUUGAGGCAACAAGCAUUUGUCAAAAAGCUUGAAAAGACACAGCCACCAAAACACAGUUUUUCAGAAAACAAGGACAAAUCAUUUCUACAAAAUAAAGGAAGAGAGUUCCAAAAGUCACCUGUACUUCACGAUUCCAUACCAAAGGAGGAUUUUUCUAAAUACAAUAGUCAGCUAUCAAGCAUACAGCAUCAACACCUAAACAGCUCAAGAAAAUCACUUCACUCAACGCAAGCAUUAUCUUCCCAACUACCAAACAACUCAAAACAUUAUGGUGAACCCUAUAAGGUACUUAAAGGUUUCCAAGUGAAAACCAUGAUGGAAGGAGAUAUUGACCGACGAUACCUGGCCCUAGAUCGUUGUUUCUCUGUAGAUGUUUCUAAAAAACCCAAAAAGAAAUGGUACCACGAAGAUGUACAACGUGCACUUUCAUGCUGAUCUAUUUUAGUGACAAGUAACUUCAAAUUUCUGUUUGUAAAGAAGACUAUUCAGUCAAUCGUUGUCAUGGUUAGUAGCCUAUACAAUCUCCUAAGUGUAAUCAUUAAUUAGCAAGUAAUUUGUCUAAUUAAUUAAUAAUUACUAACUAUGACAAUGACUGAUAUACAACCACCACUACCUUACCAUAAGUAUUAGUUAGUCAAGUUGAUUUACUUUACCUACCAGUAACUAUAUGGUUAUCAUAUGCAUUAGCAAAAUUAUGAUAUGCAACGUUUUUGAUAUUCUCUAAUACAAAUAGGCUUCAAAAUCUGUAAGCUAACACUCCUAUAAUAAUAAUCAAUAGAGAAAAUAUAAUAAAAUUAAAAAAUAAUAUGUAAACUUUAAAUUAAUGAACUGUGCUUAAUAUAAAACCUGUAUGUUAGAGGACUGCACGUUUCCUAUAUAUCUAGUCUUUUCUCUCAAAACAUUUUUCAUUUAUUAGAACUGAUUUCAUUCUAUUGGAACAAUGCUGUACUUGCACCAGAAGAUAUGAGCAUUUUAGCGAAGGAAGAAAACUUUUAUUGAAAGCGUUAUUUUGGUAAACUAAUUAAUAAAACUUAAGCUGAUAAGUAAAUUAAAACAAUUUAUUGAACAUCGCACUCUUAAAUUAGAAUCAUUAGUUAUUAAAACUAUUGGCUCACCUUUUUCUGAGAGCUCUGGCUGACAAAAUUUAAAUUAUUCUAAAACAAUCAUCUAUAUGAGUUAUAUUAACUAUACUGUACACAGUACCUUUUUCAAUGUGUAAUUGGUCCUCAGAUUAUUUGAAACAAAGGGAAUCAUUAGCGAGAAAUUAUUAAAUACAAAGUAGAAAUUAAUGUUAAAGCAGAUCAAGCUUUAAUUUUCCUGGUGUAACUAUAGUGCCGUUAGCCAACGGGAACCACUACUGGACUAACAUGACAUCCUAAUGUAAAUAAUACAAAAUAAACACUAUUUUUAAAGUUUAUCUUAAGACAGAUAAACUAGUUAAAAAACUUGAGUUGUAUUUGUAGAACUGAAGGUUUAAUCCUGAGCUUGGUUAAACUAUUAACAUUAUUUUUUUAUAAUAUCAAGUUAUUUUAUUGCUGUAUAUCAUUUCUGGGUAUGUAUGUUUAUAUGCAAACAUUUAAUCUUUGUAUCAGAAUUAAAAGUUUGGUAGUGCUUUAGUGUUUAAGUUAUAAUAUCCAACUGUAACUCAAGUAUUUGUUUAAAAUAUUUUUUAAUGCAAAAACUGGGAUUCCAGAUUUUAAUAACUAACUAACGAAGAGUCAGUAUUUA